ACGUGACGUACUGUACUAUUGAGUGAUCACGAUUGCAUUCUACAGCAUAAGACGGCGAGACUGAACUUAACUCCAUUCUUAAAUCUGUUGCUGUCAAGCCGCGGCAAACUCUUGACGACCUCUGAAUGACUUUCUUUCUUGAGCGCGUCACGUGUAGUUAAGACCAGUAUGUAGAGGCUCGACAUUGAAUCUAUCCGUAUAGUCAGACCAGGUCCUGGCUUCAGUCCAGAGGCAUGCUAGAUAUUCCAAAAAAUGAGUGAAUCGUACACUGCAUUGUAAUCUCAGUCAGUUUCGCCUAUUUCUGCUGUUCAUAAACGUCGUGUCACGUUCGAGAGCCACCGAUUUUGCAAGUGGGUGGACGGCAAAUUUCUUGACUGCUUAGACUCGAAGCAAUCGUGUGCAACACACCCCAGAUGGGUUUUAUUGUGCACCUUACUGAAUGACCUCGCGCUGCGCGGUACGCACAGACGGCAUCGACUUGUAGGUGGGAGUAACUAAACUGCAUCUUCGUCAGCAUUCAGCAUUUAACGCAUUGCAGUUCUUCAUCUAGCGCCUUCGCUGUGGGCUUUGUCGUGGAGAUAGAGAUUAACACUUGUCACGUCAGCUCAUAUUGCUCUUGCAUGUCAUCGUAGGAGGAUGUGGAGAACUAACUCAGUGCGGCUUAGUAUCGGGUUGAUAAUACCCUGUUUACUGGCAUCGUUGAUUCCACUCGCCCAAUCCGGAAGAAAAGGACAUGCCCAGAUUCCCAUCAGAGCGGAACCAGAUACUCCCCACUCACGGGGUAUACCAGGUUGUAUAUUUGAUGAUGUGUUCUACGAUUUAGAGGCACAUUGGCACCCAGACCUUGGUUUUGGUGAAAUGACUUGCAUGGACUGUCAGUGCGUACCGAUUGCUAAAGAUGGAAUAGUCACAGGGAGAGUCAGUUGCCGAGACAUCAAAAAGGACUGUAUAGAGCCGCAGUGUCCAACUGGUGUUGAACCCGUCCUUCUCGAUGGAGAGUGUUGCAAGGCAUGUCCACAAAAUGAGAGAGGAAGCAGCAGAACGGAAGAAGUCAAUAAGUUAAGAGAUCGCCCAACAGACAUCUCAGAUGAUCUGAUUGAUACCACCUCGAGAGGAGAAGUUUAUGUUUCCAUGUUAACUGGCACUUUGAUUGAUGUUAAAACCAACGCUGUUGCUCGUGCAUCAUUCUCGUUACUUGAUGGAACGCUGUAUUACUCCAUACAGUACAGGAGAAUGGAUCGUCCCAUCAGAGUAACCUUUACUGAUGCCUUGAAUUCUACAGUGCACUACAUUGACCUCGUUGAUACCGUUGACAUGGUUUGUGGCCAAUGGCAACACGUCCCUGCAACGUACGUUCAGCAUUUACAGAGUAAACUGCUGUUUGUGACAUUGUCAACUACGUCUCACGAAGAAGGUGAGGUCCGCGGUCGGAUCAUGCCUCAUCGUGCAUUAACGGAUGAAAGCUUUAGUGUACUCUUGACACGUAGAGACAAAGGAAGUGGACGAAGUCGAAAGAGCAAUGAUCGUCUUGGAUCUGGGGCUAUUAUAAUGAUUGCUGUAACUGGCAACGGGGAUCAACUCAAUUUUGCUGCACUCAUUGACGGAGUAACUGAAAACACAGAACGUACGCUUGAGACCAGAUUUACAUUACAGCUGAAGAAAGGCAGAGAUGUCAUUGCUGAGAUACAAAAGACUGUACUGCCAGACGAUUUAGAUUUAGCUGAUGUGUGGGACCAGUUUACAUCAAAAAUGCAGAAGAAUUUAGCGAGGGGUCUCUUAUCUGUAAGCAUCACGAUAGAAGGACAAGAGGGGGAGUUGGCUGGACCCAUUACACCCAUGCAAACAUGCAGUACUAUGCAUGCAGUUUUAUCUGGCAGCCAAGCUCUGGACAGACCUAAAGCCACAGGAGCUAGCGGUUCAGCAAUCGUCAGUAUUGAUGACAAAGGAAAGAUAAGCUAUCAGAUUCUUAUUACGGGAUUGAGGACAAACGUUGUUGGCUUGACAAUAGAGGGUAAACCAAAAAACAGGCGGAAACGGAGGAUUGUGGCAGACAUACUGAAAGACUACAGAAAUGGCCAGGCUGUUGGACGUUACAGUAAAGCUAAGGCACGUGAAAUCCACCAACUGUUACAUGGCGGACUGUAUAUCAACGUAGCAACAGAGGCUUACGAGACGUCAGAGCUUCGUGGAAAAAUCACCACCCUACCCUAUUCCUCAAGCCUCGCUAACUACAAAGGGAUGCCAGUCCAAAUGUCCGGAAGCAUUAUAUCUCCGCCACAGUUAACUGGUGCCGGAGGUCACGCCUUUAUGGUCCUUGACUCCAGGUGUGCAUUGCAUUACGAAGUGUCCGUAGUAGGAAUCAAUGACGAGGAAUCCACAGCGUCAGAUGGCAGCGUCGAUCACGUUUUUGCUGAGAUUGGAGAAAUUGAAGGAGACAGCUUUGUCGUCACACACGUAUUAAAUGAGGUCCACAAUAACCUGGCAGGUGGAGUAUUGUACGAUGUUCCACCUUCCCUUCUGGAGUCGAUGGAUAAUGGCAAUGCCUUUAUUCAAGUCAGCUCCAAGAAUUAUAGGGAUGGAGAAAUUCGGGGAUUGGUGGUGCUACCCAACACAUGCUACAGCUCAUCAUCUUCUGGGUCCCAACAUACCAGUGGCCCAACCCUCAUAGAUGAUGCUUCGCAUGGUGCCAGUGUUGAGGCACUCCCCAAUUCCUGCUUCUUUGAAUCACGCUACCGGAUUCCCGAUUCAAGUUGGUCCCCAGAUUAUGACCCUGUUUGCACUACCUGCAUAUGUAAGAGAAGCGUGGUGAUAUGCGACCCUGUGGUUUGUCCUCAACUUGCAUGCACCAAUCCCGUGAAGGUGCCUGGAGAAUGCUGCCCAAUAUGUCCGAUAGAGGAGGGUAGUCUGGAAACUGAGACCUGUUUCUUUGAAGGAGAUAAGAAAUAUCAUAGUGUUGGUUCACAGUGGCAUCCAUUUGUACCACCGUUUGGUUACAUCCAGUGUGCUAUAUGCACUUGCCGUUCAGCAGGUGAAUAUGAUUGUCAGAGGGUAGAGUGCCCUAAACUAGACUGCGAGAGACCAGUCAGGAUGAACCCAACAGAUUGCUGUCAGACUUGCCCUGAAGAGUCAUCUACGACUCCCGAACCUGUGGAGAGUGAUGUCAUACAAGCUGAUGAAGUGGAGCGAGGGUGUUCAUUUCAUGGAGAUUUCUACAGGAAUGAUGAAGAAUGGCAUCCACAAAUACCUCCCUUUGGAACUUCCUUCUGCGUCAAAUGCAGAUGCAAAAACGGCUCAACAAAAUGCAAAAAGAAGAAUUGUCCCAAAUUAUCAUGCGAAGAAACAAUGGAGAUCAAAGGUGAAUGCUGUCCUGUGUGCACAGAUGGAUCCAGUGGAUUAUUAGCAACACUUUUUCCUUCGAUGUCAACAAGGCUGCCUUCGCUGAUUGAAAACAGACGGAAGGAUAGGCGGAAGCACUAACGGUGAACCACCAGGCGUGUACAUAUCUUAGCUAUACCAAAUAAUAUUAAUUGUUGUGAUCAAAGCCCUGAUUUUUAGUUCAUAACUUCCAACUGUACUAACAAAAAAUAUGCUUCUUACGCUUGCACUCUUUAUUGAAACAAAUAAGAUUAUAAUGUAUCUGUUCUUCACUGAAAACAAAACAGUUCAAACAUUUAAGUACCUGUUGCUUAGCUCCUAAUGCUACUUGAAUGUGAAUGGUCCGACUGGAAUUGAAGAACAACUGUUGAAAUUAACUUUCAAGUCUUUGGUGUCUGACAUGCGUAAAAUUCGUUAUUUAAACCUAUACAUAUGCGCAAUGAGAUGUAGAUUCAGGAAAUCGGAUACUAGUCAAGGUAAACUAAUUGACAAAGGUAUGGAAACAAAUACUAGAAACAGUUUCGGGCCUUUUGAACGAACAGAGUAGGUGACCAUUUGCCCAGUCCACGCAAUCAAAUGUAAAUCGACAAACUGUGUUGUAAUUUUAAGGGCACUUACGUCAAAGGAGGUCGGUGCUGUAAACCACAAUCACAUUGACUUUUUUGAUAGCAAACACCCAAGAGGUAAAAACAAAUACUAUAACCUUCCCCACCGAGUAAGAAAUAUAAAUAUAAACGACCUAAAUAAUCUUCAUUCAUUUUGUAUAUUAACUUUGUGGAGAAUUGUUCGGUCAUUACUGUUUCAACUGUGUUUGUGUAAUUUUGAGUAAAUGUGACCAAAAAAUGUGUAUAUACUAAAUUAUUCUUAAACCCCCCCCCCUUUGAUUUGUUGGGGAAGCGGAUGAAUAUAAGCUUAAUUUUAAUGCCUUCUUUCGUGAGGUUGUAAAGAAAUCUGCAUUUGCCCAAUGGUAGACUUUAAAGAAAUGGAACAGUGGGGGGAUUUAUGAGGAUUGGUUUAUCACUGCUGGAUGUUCUUGUGGUCUUAACUUUAGCAACGCCUCAAAUGUUAUUUCUUUAACAUGUACAAGCGCUUUAUUUUUUGAGAAUGGGGCGAGCAUGGUGUCGAAUUAAGCCCCCAACGAAGCUUGUUAAUAUGGUUGUAUUGGGCAUGAAAAUAUAGGUCUUUGUUUGAUUUGAGGGCAUUGUACAUAUAAAGUGAGGCUUAUUGUAUAUAAUUAUUGCGCUUUUUAAGUAUUAAGAGAUAAAAAUUUAACCAAAAUGUAAGUUAACUUUAAAGAAUAUUUCUGUGUUCUAUAUUUUAUUGUAAAAUAAUGUUUCAUUGGCAAAACCUAAAUAUAUAGUGUAUUUACAUAAAAGUAUAUGAAUCGUUUAUUUUUGGGUUGUUUUUACAUCUUGAGCCCCUAAGUGUUUGUCGUAAAGAUGAAAGAGGUAUAAGUUGACAUGUACUGUGUUGGUACAUAGUUCUUUUCUUGGAGGAAAGUGGUGUUGAAAUAUCUUCAGAAACUUGUUUAUUCUGUAUUCACCUGUUUCACUAUGUCAACAAUAAGGCCUUGAUAUUUACUUAAAUGGUGGAGCCUCUACAAUCAAAUAUAUGUAUUGUCUAAAAAUACCUUCUUGACCUUGUAUCAAUAAAUACAGUAAAACAGGAAAGUGUCAA